UGCGAGUCGUUAUUCAGAAGUCAGAAGCAAACCAUUUGCUUCUCCGUCACCUCCACUCCCCUCCUCGCCACCUCCGGUCCACCAACCCUGCCGACCAUGGCUUCCGCUGCGGCGGCGCAGAGGCUCCUCGCGUCGAGCACGAAGAUCAUCGGGGUUGGGCGCAACUACAUCGCCCACGCCAAGGAGCUCAACAACCCGGUCCCCAAGGAGCCCGUCCUGUUCCUGAAGCCGACCUCGUCGUUCCUCCACGCUGGCGUGGCCACCGCCGCCGUCGAGAUCCCGGAGCCGCUCGAGUCGCUGCACCACGAGGUCGAGCUCGCCGUUGUCAUUUCCCGGCGUGGGCGCGACAUUCCUGAGGCGUCCGCCAUGGACUUCGUCGGAGGUUAUGCACUUGCUUUGGACAUGACAGCAAGGGACCUUCAAUCUGUUGCUAAGUCUGCAGGCCUUCCAUGGACUUUGGCUAAAGGACAAGAUACCUUCACUCCAAUUAGUGCAGUAGUUCCAAAAUCGGCUGUCACUAAUCCCGACGAUCUUGAGCUCUGGCUAAAGGUAGAUGAUGAACUAAGACAGAAAGGAUCCACAAGUGACAUGAUAUUCAAGAUUCCUUUUCUGAUAAGCUAUAUCAGUUCCAUCAUGACAUUAAUGGAGGGUGAUGUGAUACUAACAGGUACUCCUGAGGGUGUGGGUCCUGUCCGAGUAGGUCAGAAGAUCAAAGCUGGUAUAACCGACCUAAUUGAUGUCGAGUUUGAUGUUCAGAGGCGCAAUCGGUCAUUUUCUGCAUGAUGCAAUAAGCGAGAAAGUAUGGGAUGUUCAUGGAACAGCGAAGCGCAAGGACAAGGCAUUGGUGGCAACGAUGAUCAUUCUGGCAGUGGUCACGAGCAGCAUCACCAUUGCCUCAAACAUCAUGACUCCAUGAGAUAUAUAGUAGAAGCUAUGAAUCUAAAAUGCCAAAAUGUCUUAUAAUUUGGGACGGGCGAAGUAGAUGUUUGUGAGGAGAUACAUAAGUAGAUGGCUGUAAGCAAAAUACCAGCUGGCCGGUAUACUUGUACUGGUGAUACAUUACUGUGUAAAAUAGAAAUCAGUGAGCUUUUAUUUUUCAGGGUUUUUAUAAACCGUAGCAAAUAAUUCCAGGCCAUAUACAGAGUAGAUAUAUCUUAGCAGAAUCAAUAUUUAGGGGGUGUUUAGUUCCCUUUCUAUUCUAAAAAUUUUUGGGAACACUAUGCAAAAUUUUUGGCAAAAAGGUGAUUAUAUUCUUCAUUUUGGAUUUUAGAUUUUGGCCUCAAGAGCCCAAAUUUUUUUGGCAUUUUGUAUUCGAUGUAGUUGCCAUUUUGUAUUUUGCAUUUUAUGGGGAACUAAACACCGCCUUAGUUAACUUUCUAUGCAGAAUUAA